AUGCUGAGCCUAUCCUGGCUGGGACUUGGGCAAGGGGCAGUGUCCCCGGGGCUGCUCCUGCUGCUGGUGGGGGCCACCUGGCUCCUGGCCAGCAUCCUGGCCUGGAGCCACAGUUUGUAGGAGACCCACUCCCACCUCCGGUGUUUCCCUCAGUCCCCGAAGUGCAACUGGUUUUGGGGCCACCUGGGUCUGAUUCAGAGCUCGGAGGAAGGUCUUCUGUACACACAGAACCUGGCAAGCACCUAUGGGGAUGUGUGCUGCUGGUGGGUGGGUCCCUGGCACGCUGUCAUCCGCAUCUUCCACCCCACCUGCAUCAAGCCUGUACUCUUUGCUCCAGCUGCCAUUGCACUCAAGGAUGUCAUCUUCUACAGCUUCCUGAAGCCCUGGCUGGGGGAUGGACCUCUGCUGAGUGGUGGUGACAAGUGGAGCAGCCACCACCGUAUGCUGACACCUGCCUUCCACUUCAACAUCUUGAAGCCCUAUGUGAAGAUUUUCAAUGACAGUGCAAAUGUCAUGCAUGCCAAGUGGAAGCGCUUGGUGUCAGGGGGCAGCACCCGUCUGGACAUGUUUAAACAUAUCAGCCUCAUGACCCUGGACAGUCUGCAGAAAUGCGUCUUCAGUUUUGACAGCAAUUGCCAGGAGAAGCCUAGUGAAUACAUUGCUGCCAUCUUAGAGCUCAGUGCCCUUGUGGCAAAACAGCAACAGCAGAUUUUUGUGCACACGGACUUCUUGUACUACCUCACUCCAGAUGGACAACACUUCCGUAGAGCCUGCCACCUGGUGCACAACUUCACAGAUGCUGUCAUCCAGGAAAGGCGCCACAUUCUUCCUGAUGAGGGUGUUGAUGACUUCCUCCAGGCCAAGGCUAAGACCAAGACUUUGGACUUCAUUGAUGUUCUCUUGGUUACCAAGGACCAAGAUGGAAAAGGAUUGUCAGAUGAGGACAUCCGAGCUGAAGUUGACACCUUCAUGUUUGGGGGCCAUGACACCACAGCCAGUGGUCUCUCAUGGGCCCUAUACAACCUUGCGAAGCACCCAGAGUAUCAGGAACACUGGCGGCAGGAGGUGCAAGAGCUCCUGAGGGACUGUGAGCCUAAGGAGAUUGAAUGGGACGACCUGGCCCAGUUGUCCUUCCUGACCAUGUGCAUCAAGGAGAGUCUGCGGUUACAUCCCCCAGUCACAGUCCUCUCCCGCUGCUGUACCCAGGACGUGAUGCUCCCAGAUGGUUGGAUCAUCCCCAAAGGUGUUAUCUGUGUCAUUAGUAUUUUCGGGAUCCACCACAAUCCAUCCGUGUGGACAGACCCUGAGGUAUACAAUCCUUUCCGCUUUGACCCCGAAAACAUCAAGGACAGGUCUUCCCUGGCUUUUAUUCCCUUCUCUGCGGGGCCCAGGAAUUGCAUCGGGCAGACAUUCGCCCUGACCGAGAUGAAGGUGGCCCUGGCGCUGACGCUGCUGCGCUUUCGGGUCCUGCCCGACAAGGAGGAGCCACGCAGGAAGCCGGAGCUCAUCCUGCGCGCCGAGAGCGGACUUUGGCUGCGGUUGGAGCCGCUGAGCGCGGGCCUCCAGUGACCCGCCAGCUCCUGGCUUGGGA